AACUGUGAAAAACUCAGUCGAGCUUGGAAAUCAUGUCAAAGUGGAUGAGUUUAAGGAGUAUGAGCAAAAUGAAAACCAGGAAAAGGAAGGUAAAGAACAGGUUCAGGAGAAUGAGAAGAUCAACAUCCGCGGAUCAGAGAUAGAAAAUACUAAAGAGAUGCUGGGCGAUUCCAAUUUUCCUUUUUUGGUCUCUGAAACUAACAAGAAGACUGAAAAUCAAAAUGAGAACGAAGAGGUAAAGGUGAACAAAGCCUUUACAGAGCCUGACAAAGAGCACCCAGUACAGGAAGUGAAGGAUGGAAAUGUUAAUGUAGGUGGGUCUGAGGAUGGAGGAUGGAAGGAUGGCAACUGGAAGGAAGACAUUGGUUUUGAAGAAGAAAUCAAGAAAACUGACAAUAAAAAUUCUGGAAAUGAGUUUCACAGAGACUUAGGAGGAGAGGAAUCAUAUAACCCUGCUGAAAGUCAAGUUCAGGGUUCUGAGCAAAGUGAGUCUGCACAUCCACCUCUAGGAACAAACGAUAAAAGCCAAGAACGUGUAGGAGCUUUUGGUCUUUUAAAAAAUGCCAUUGAACUUUUCUCCCAAACGCCCAACCCUGAAAUGAAUGAGUCCACACAGACUGUUCAGAGUUUCAACACAAACUCAGCUGAGACAACAGAGCCUCUUGCCUCUUUUACUCCAGGACUUGAUGCCUUGACAGAUUCACUUCACACCGAAGUAACACACACAGGAUUUCCCAAAGAGCAGGCGCAGUCACAUCCUAUCUCUGCUGAAAAGCUCCUCCACAAUGCUCCUUCAGUCACAGAAGCAAAAACCUUCAGCAAAGAUUAUAAAAGUCUCCACCACCACAUGAACGCGGAUGAAACGGUUAUUUUGCUUGAACUCUUCGGUCGACACAAGCUGCAGUUUUUGGACUACAUUUUGACAAGCCCAGAGGCCGUGUCUGCAGAUGAGGAUCAGUCAAUACUCUCAGAUAUAGAGGAACUCCUGCAGCACCAAAUGGAGAUGCUAGUUGCUCCCAGUAUGAAGGGAUCUGAUGCACCAGAGGAGGACAAACAAAGAACCAGUACAAUUAUUGCUCUUCAGAAGCUGGAGACAUUAUUAAAAUCAAUGAAGGACACUGUCAGCACAGGAAUAUCAGAUGUCAGUAACCAUCAAGCUGGGCCCAGUUCAAGCCGGACCAAUGAAAAUGAAGAUUGGAGCUAUCUGGAGAAGGAAAGAGAUCAAGGAAGUAAAGAAAAGAUAUCUCUGCAUAACACUAAGUCAGGAUCAAAACAGAAAGGGUUAAUCAAGCAAAGUGUGGAAUUUCUUCUUUGGUUUGCUGAAGAAUCCAUUAGUUCUGCUAAGGCAGUGAUGGGGAUCCUUGUUUGGAUAAUUGUACAGGCUGUAUCCUUACUGCCUGACAACAUGAGGCCCGGCCCAGACCUCUACGGUGUACCAUGGGAACCUGUUAUCUUCACCGGCCUGUUGGGGCUGCUGACGUUUCUGUUAUUCACCAGUAGAUGUUACAGAUCUAUAAAGAGCAGACUGUAUCGAAGGAAAGAACAGAGGAUGGCUAAACAAGUUGAAGAGCUGCUGGAUGAAAAGUGUAAAGUCCUGGAGACUCUCAGUCAGUGUCAACAAGAGUAUGAUGACCUGGAGAACCUACUCAGGGACAGCGGCGUCCUCGCUCAGACUCAGAAAUCAGAACAUUUGGAGGUUCAAGCAGAACAGCUAGAACAAACUAAAAAGCAGCUGGGAACAGAUCUUGACUAUCUGAAGGAGCAGCUGGCCCAGCAGCAGGAACAUAGAAAGGAGCAAGAUAGGAAGAUAACUUUGCUUGAGGAAAGCAUGAAAGCCUGUGAAGCAGAGGCCAAAGACCUCCAGUCCAAGGAGGAGCAGGCACAAACAACUUUGAAGAUCUACAGUAUGAGCAGUGAGAGGCUACAGCGGAACCUGGAAACAGCAGAAGAGGAGAACACUGUUCUACAGGAGAGCAACUCACAGUUGAAGCAGGAGGUCGAGGAAUGGGCAGAAAGAAUCAGUGAGCUUGAGGCUGAGAUGCAGAGAUGUGAGGUCGCCCAUAGUGCAAUGAUGCAGGAUGUGGCGGUUAAAGACGAACGCAUAACGUCUUUGACAGAUCGGCUGCUUCAAAUGAAAUGCUGGGAUUCAGAUCUAGAGGAGGAGGAGGGAGGAGAAAAGGAUACAACCAAUGGGACUGCAGGAAAAGAGGACACGCAUCUGCAAAAAGUCCAGAAACUCAUCUUUGCUGCUAAGCUCAAUGCAGACCUUAAAUCAGUGGAUGAAGAUAAGGACAGAGUGUUUGCAAAGCUGAAUGAUGAGAUCAAAGCUAAGGAGGACCUGCGAAUGAGUAUUGAGGAAAUGGAGAGAGAGAAAUUAUCCCUACAAUCUGACACUGAGAGUUACACAGAUCAGGUCGAUCGGAUACAACAGAAACUGCAAAUUAUGACAGAAAUGUACCAGGAGAACGAGCUCAAGCUUCACAGAAUGCUGACUGUGGAGGAGAAGGAGCGUCACCAGAAGGAGGAGAAGUUGAGUAAAGCUGAUAAGAACAUUGCGAUGGCGAUUGAAGAACUGAAUAACUACAGAUCCCGAUAUUGGGGUGAUGCCGUGUGUGGUGUGGUUCAAGCAGAACAGCUAGAACAAACUAAAAAGCAGCUGGGAACAGAUCUUGACUAUCUGAAGGAGCAGCUGGCCCAGCAGCAGGAACAUAGAAAGGAGCAAGAUAGGAAGAUAACUUUGCUUGAGGAAAGCAUGAAAGCCUGUGAAGCAGAGGCCAAAGACCUCCAGUCCAAGGAGGAGCAGGCACAAACAACUUUGAAGAUCUACAGUAUGAGCAGUGAGAGGCUACAGCGGAACCUGGAAACAGCAGAAGAAGAGAACACUGUUCUACAGGAGAGCAACUCACAGUUGAAGCAGGAGGUCGAGGAAUGGGCAGAAAGAAUCAGUGAGCUUGAGGCUGAGAUGCAGAGAUGUGAGGUCGCCCAUAGUGCAAUGAUGCAGGAUGUGGCGGUUAAAGACGAACGCAUAACGUCUUUGACAGAUCGGCUGCUUCAAAUGAAAUGCUGGGAUUCAGAUCUAGAGGAGGAGGAGGGAGGAGAAAAGGAUACAACCAAUGGGACUGCAGGAAAAGAGGACACGCAUCUGCAAAAAGUCCAGAAACUCAUCUUUGCUGCUAAGCUCAAUGCAGACCUUAAAUCAGUGGAUGAAGAUAAGGACAGAGUGUUUGCAAAGCUGAAUGAUGAGAUCAAAGCUAAGGAGGACCUGCGAAUGAGUAUUGAGGAAAUGGAGAGAGAGAAAUUAUCCCUACAAUCUGACACUGAGAGUUACACAGAUCAGGUCGAUCGGAUACAACAGAAACUGCAAAUUAUGACAGAAAUGUACCAGGAGAACGAGCUCAAGCUUCACAGAAUGCUGACUGUGGAGGAGAAGGAGCGUCACCAGAAGGAGGAGAAGUUGAGUAAAGCUGAUAAGAACAUUGCGAUGGCGAUUGAAGAACUGAAUAACUACAGAAAACGAGCAGAAGAGAUGGAAGAGGAGCUGGAGAAAACAAAGCAGUCAUAUCAGACCCAGAUUUCAGCCCAUGAGAAGAAAGCUCACAAUAACUGGUUAGCAGUAAGGUCAGCAGAGAGAGAGCUGGCAGACAUCAGAAGAGAGAACGCCCUCCUCAGACAAAAAAUUACAGAUACUCAGUUCAAACUAGACUCCCUUGAGAAAGAUCCAUACGCCUUGAACAGCCUGGCUAGACCGCUGCCUUUCCGAGCUGAAAGGUCCCCCUAUGGCCCUUCUCCUCUGAGUCGACCCUCAUCUGAAACGAGACCUUUCCUCUCUCCUCCAACGUUAAUGGAUGGGCUUCCUGGUAGACUCUCUCCAAGAGUAUCUCGUGGUCCAGGUGAGCCCCCAAGUGGUCAAGCAGACAUGGAGCGCACUGGAGGUCCCCAUUCAGACAGCGGUUCAAUCUCUCCCACAUGGGAGAGAGAUCGGAGGGGUCCCCCACCAGGACCUCCUGGGCCUCUAGGACCCCCAGGCUACAUUUUCCCUGAGCCAGGAGGUCCGAUAUUAAGGAGACCUCCUCCGGGUGCUUUGGGAUCUUUUCCUCCUCCUGGAGCCCUCCCACCUGGUGCUCUGCCACCUAGAGGCUUCCCUCUGGGACCUCCUCACCCACUAGACAUGGCAGAUGGCUCAUUCAGAGAAGGCCGCCAAGGGCCUGGUGAUCAGGACCACAGAGAGUCUGGUCCUGGUGGUCAGAGGACUCCCCCUGAAAUGGAUCCAAGGAUGGUCGGCCCACCUCCACCUGGACCGCCAGGGAUUCCUAUAGAUGGCCCCUAUCCUCGUAGAGCCCCUUAUGGACCCCCUCCCCCUCCUGAUUUCUACCCUCCCAGGAUACCUGGGGGUCCUCCUAUGAGGCACAUGUGGCUUCCCCCUCCUCAAGGAAUGAUGUUUCCUCCUCGCUUCCCUUCUGGUGGACCUCUUCCUCCCGGCCCUAAUCCCAACGUACCCUAUGGUCCUCCUAUUCGAUACGAUGGGCCCCCUCCUCCUUCCAUGGGCGCCCCUCCUCGUCAGCAGUCCCUACCUUCACCACCUCACAGCCAGUCUCCAGAGGAGAACAGACCUUCACCUGAAGACGCCAUCUGACAGUUUUUAUAAAGAUGAAUUUCUGGUUCAGUUCAGUAGCAGAUGGAAGAAAGCAGAGCCCCCCUAUAUUCUACACCAUCUAUUUAUUGACCAGAAGAGAUAUUUAAUGGUGUUUGUAGAGCAGAAGCAUCAAUCUCCAUAAGGCUGAUUUAUCGCUGUAGGACGGCCUUAAUAAAACCUUUCUUCUCCACCACUUCAUCCAGCCACAUGUAGUUUUAAAAACAGCUGUUUAGUUGUUGCUUAACUUGUACCUGUGUGGGCUAAAGCUAAUCUAUCAGCCAGACACAUUACUACUUUAUUUUGGAAUUAUAAUUAAGGUCAGUAACGGAGAGAGAUCAGUGAAUGAGCACAGAUUAUGUGUCAUAAAAUAUCUUCUAUGCCUAAAAUACUCAUGUUUACCACUCUAGUGUUUUAACAGAAUUUCUAUUCAGUAUGAUUUCCUUUCAAAAACAUCAGUGUACAUGAUCUUUCUCCUCAAAGGUCAAACCAGAAUGUUUUCUUCAGUUGUAAAAACUUUUAAUUCUUCCCUUUGAAAUUCAGCAGGCAUUUCAUCUUCUGUCUUUGCUUCAAACCAAGAGAAGCAAUAUAUCGAUGCCUCUGACCCUUUCAGUGACUUAGAAUGAAAACAUACAGACUGCCAGGAAGAGAGGCUCACUUAUGGCUACAGAAAUCAGCUUUGUGAAUUUUGUAAAAAGUGAUUAUUUGAUAGAUGAAUAAAGACUUUUAAAACUUGCUCUAAAUUUCACUGAUGUAACUAUGUGUAAAGUUUUUUUUUUUUUUCUUUUUGCUCAUCAGCAAAACAUUUCACUGUAAUUCUUUUCAAAUUCUGUGUAAAUGAUGUUUUUAAUAUUUAAAGACCUUCAGUUAUUGUUAAUAUGCAAACAUUUUAAAA